AUGUUCGGAAUCUUUGCGGACAUAAUGUCCUCGGUCAUCACGAUCUUCUUCCCCGUCUUUGCUUCCUUUAAAGCCCUCCGUUCAUCUGACCCCUCACAACUGGCACCAUGGUUAAUGUACUGGGUGGUACUUUCGGUCAUCAUAUGGGCAGAGUCCUGGACAUUUUUUAUUAUCGGCUGGUUCCCAUUCUAUAGCUGGAUCCGCCUCUUCUUCCUCUCUUAUCUCGUUCUUCCCCAGACGCAAGGGGCUCGCUUCCUGUACCAGGAUUACGUCGAUCCAUUUUUGGCACAUCAUGAAAAGGAGAUCGAGGAAAUGAUCGGCCGCACCCAUGAACGGGCCAAGACUCUGGGCCUACAAUACUUCUAUCGAGCCAUUGAGUUGAUCCGGGAAAAACUUCUGGGUCUACCCCCACAGCGCCCGGCAACACCCCCUCAACCAGGUCCCGCUUCCUAUGCACAAUCGCUGCUCUCGCGCUUCAACAUCCCCGCCGCAGGAGCCGCUGCCGCCUCCAAUGAUUGGUAUUCGGUUCUCAGUUCCGCCUUGGGCACGGUCACGUCUACUGGGAAGUCUCGCGAAGCUCGGGACGAGCAGCUCUCAGCUAGCGGCACUCUCUUGCAGCGCCAGAUGCAGUCCAUGUCUGGAGCCGAUAAGGCGCACUUCAUCUCCACCCAGCGGGAGCUGCUGGAUCAUCUGCAUUCAACCCUGACGCGCGAGGAACAGGCCAUUCCCCGAGGUGAAGACGAUAAUCUAGCCUACGGCGUGCCUUUGCGGAAGAACCGAAGCGAGAACUCGUUCGAGGUCGUCGAUAAUGAGGAUCUCAAUCGUCGGCCAGAGCGUAAGACUAGUGGCGGCUGGUCUACUGGGUGGUUUGGUAACGAGCAAGAUUCCUCCGGGUCGUCUGGGACUGACUUCGCGGCCCGUGCCAUUGAUGAAAUUGCCCGGUCGCGCGCAACCGGAUACGAUCGGUCUUGA